CUGAUGGAGUGUUAGUGGACUAGGGAGCUUCUGCUCACAUCCCCUGCGGCAGCUGAACGCUAAACUGUACUUUCCCUUCUUCCUCCACGCAUUUUCGCCUCCGGUUCAACCCAGUCGUGCAAAGAAUUCCAAGGCGGGGAAACAUAGCCAUGAUGGCAUCAUGCGCCCUCUCCGUUGCCCAGCUUGCAGCCCUCGCUCCGUGCGGCGGCAGGAAGAGCGUCCCCGAGAAUUUCCCGAGGCUGCAAAGCCCCACGGUUUCAGGUAGGAUGAGAAGUCGCGGUGUUGUUGUCAAAGCAGCGCAAGACAGUCCAGGAACCUCCUCCGGGAGCAUAGUAAAAUAUGUCAAGAGUUCGUUCAACACUGCUGAAGACAUCUUUGCUCUAGCCGGCAUAGGUUUUGCAGCAAUUGCUGCACUAUGGGCUUCCAUGAUGGUUAUCGAGGUCAUCGACAAGCUCCCUGUUCUCCCUAUUUUCUUCGAAUUAAUCGGAAUAUCAGUUGCAUGGUGGUUCAUCUACAAUAACCUCCUCUUCAGAUCAGACAGGGAAGAGUUUCUGAACAACAUCAAAAGCGCUGCAUCUCGAGUCCUGGGGCAGUAACUUUGCCGAGAAGAUGGAAUACAUGCAACCUGAGUGGCUGAGUUACCAUUUUCAACUCUAGAUCAUGUAAUACAUGUUUCCUGUACAGGUUAGAAUAAUACGGAGUAUCAAGAAUUCUCCUGCUGGAACAUUACGAACAUUUAGCGUUCCUGAUUCUUAUAGCGUGCGUGUUGGUUGUUACGUGCGAAUAAUUUUCCAUGAGAAGCAAUUAGCUAGACACUGUGAA